AUGGAGCUGACCCCGCAAUCCACUCGAUCUCCCACGUCUCCAUUUCGAUAUCCGUCAAACGCUCAGCCGUUGUACGAAUAUCCCUCGCCUGCCCAAAGUGAUUCUCACUACAAGUCAACAGAACCUCUUCACGGCCUUGGGCUCUACUCUUGCCAAAUGUCAGCAUCACAGUCAGAGAACGGUGGCUCCGUGGUCACACAGCUCCCAUCCACCACAGCCACCAGUAGCUGGCCCACAGCGACAUUGCAACACAGGAGUGAACCCAGAUCUACCCAGUCCACCCCCAACAUCCUUCAAUCGGAGUACGAUCCCUUUGCUCCCUUCCAUCCAGCAGUAUCAGCCGCCUACAGCCAUGACAUAUAUGCUACGCAAACUGCCGAGUCAUCUGUUCUCCCCGCCUCUCCAGCACCAUCUGGGCAUGCCUCGCAGCGAUCAUCAUUCUCAUCAACGCCAGCUUCAGAAGUCUUCACUCAGGCCGGAUCGAUCCAUUCCUACACGCCACGCAUCAAGAUGGAAGAAGCUCACUCAGAGUACGCAUCUAGUGGAGAGUCUAUCAUGAUGAGUUCUUCGCCGCAAUUAAGUCACAACAUUUUAGUAGCCUCGACAAGUCCGUAUCCUGGAAGUCUGGAUGCCACCUUCUACCAAGGGGAAAAUUCGGCCAUGGGUUGGCCCAAGGUCGAAUAUACAACCACGACCCAAGAUCUUCCCUCCAUCUCUUCUCUCCCAAUUCCACCUUAUGAUCGACGGUCAGAGAGUCAGGAAGAGCGGGUAUCACGAGUGCACGCUCAGCGUCGGGGAACUAGUAACAUUGCACGGACCAGACAGCCCCGUAAACUGACGACGAAGGAAGACGCCAAUUUCCAGUGCCAUGUCAAAGGUUGUGGGAAGUUAUUUGGGAGAAGUUACAACUUCAAGGCGCACAUGGAGACGCACGAUGCGAGCCGGGAAUAUCCCUUCCCGUGUCCGCUGAAGGACUGUAACAAGAAGUUUGUGAGGAAGACGGAUUUGCAAAGACAUCACCAAAGUGUACAUAUGAAACAGCGAAACCACCGGUGUGACUACUGCAGUAGGUUCUUCGCACGAAAAGACACUCUUCGAAGACAUAUGGAAGAUGGGUGUAGUAAGCGGUUCGACAUUGAAACUGUCGAUUUCCGUCCACAAAACUACAGCAAUCCGGAGCCGUGUUCGAUCAGGAUCAGCCAGCGACACCCAGACCAUCAUCAGUCGCGACAAGCGUCGUACAGCUCUUCUAAUGGUCUCGGUCCUCAUGACAGUCCCCUCACGUCAGCGUCAGGGCCGUUUCUGGAACGACAGGAGUAUAUACCAAACAACGGUGAACAUCAUCACCAGCCGUGGGCCAACUGA